UGAACACCACUUGCCUCCCGGCCACCCAUCCGCUGCCUCUGUCUGGUUCUGCGUCUGCUCGCUAAGGAGGCGGAUUAGAGGCGCGCAGUCUCUUCCCUUGGGUGCAUAGGUCCGGGUUGGUUGAGUCAUUGAGUCGUCGGAUCGCCACAGCUGAAGCCUGCGAGGGACUAAGAGGAGAAAAUGAGUUGCACAAUUGAGAAGGCACUGGCUGAUGCUAAAGCUCUUGUUGAAAGAUUAAGAGAUCACGACGAUGCAGCGGAAUCUCUGAUUGAGCAAACCACAGCUCUCAACAAGCGAGUAGAAGCCAUGAAGCAGUAUCAGGAAGAAAUUCAAGAACUUAAUGAAGUUGCAAGACAUCGGCCACGGUCCACAUUAGUUAUGGGAAUCCAGCAAGAAAACAGACAAAUCAGAGAAUUGCAACAAGAAAACAAAGAAUUGCGUACAUCCCUGGAAGAACAUCAGUCGGCCUUGGAACUUAUAAUGAGCAAGUAUCGAGAACAAAUGUUUAGAUUGCUAAUGGCUAGCAAAAAAGAUGAUCCAGGCAUAAUAAUGAAGCUAAAAGAGCAGCACUCCAAGAUUGACAUGGUACACCGUAACAACUCCGAAGGAUUCUUCCUUGAUGCAUCUCGACACAUCCUUCAAGCACCUCAACAUGGACUGGAGAGAAGGCACUUGGAAGCAAAUCAGAAUGAACUGCAAGCACAUGUUGACCAGAUAACUGAAAUGGCAGCAGUAAUGAGGAAAGCCAUUGAAAUUGAUGAGCAACAGGGUUGCAAGGAACAAGAACGAAUAUUUCAACUUGAACAAGAAAACAAAGGCUUGAGAGAGAUCCUUCAAAUAACUCGAGAAUCAUUUUUGAACCUAAGGAAAGAUGAUGCGUCGGAAAGUACUUCUUUGUCAGCAUUAGUGACCAACAGUGACUUGAGUCUGAGGAAGAGCUGAAGAGUUUCUGAGUCUGUGAGCUUCUUACAUGGCUCCAAAUGGUCAAAUAAGUGAAUGAAUGAAUGAAUGAACAGAAAAUUCAGUCCUUUAUUUUUUUCUCUAUAAAUAUGUAUAGUGCACUGGCUAUGAGAUAGCAACAAAAAAAUGCAUAGUUAAUGAUCAUAGACUUUAUUCCAAAACAUAAUUGGAAAAUAGAAACUGAGCCAUUGCCAACUGGUAAAGAAAUGAAAGAUUUUCACAGUGACUACUGAAUAUAUCAAGAGCUUUUGGCAGUUGUGCUGGCUUUCUGGGUGAUUAAUAAGGUAAGCUUGAAUAUUCCCAGUAAAUGUUUGAGAAUUCAUAAAAUUAUACCUUCCCAAUAAAUGUUUGAGAAUUCAUAAAAUUAUACCAAUCUAAAAAUAUACAUUUUGGGCACUGUUUUGUGAACUGAGGAUUUGUAUGCUAAAUUUCAUCCUUCCAAUUUGGCGUCAAAGUUAAUACAAAGUUUAUGUACCAUGAGACUUCAGCUUUAGUGAUUGCCUGCUUUCACAUUUAUUUAAUUUUUUGUGAAAGAAAAGUUAUAAAGGCUAUAGGAAUGAAUGUGUUAUAUGUACCAUCAACAAAAGAGAUAAUUUUAGCAACUUACCAUAACUGAUACUUAGCUAACAAUUGUCCAUAGCUUAUUGAAGUGUAAGAAAUAUCAUUUCAGGAAUGAAAAAGAAGGAAUACUACUUUCUAAGAAAGAAGAUCUUAUAAUAGACAUUUUUAGUAGGUUAAACUACUCCUUUGAAAGAAUAAGUUUUGGUUUGAAGUCAGUAAUGAAGAUAAAUUUGUUUUUCUCUUCUCUGGCUGAUUUUUAAGGAUAUUAUGUAGUUCAUUUAGUUAACAGAAUUGAAAUGUUUGCUAUAGCAAGAAAGGUAUGGUAAUUUAAAAAGUGAAUUGGGAAUUCUUCUGGCUCAUAAAACCCUUUUUUUUCUUUAAGUAUUCUUGAGAUACGAAAAGAAAGUGAAUUAAAAUUUCAAAAAAAGAAAAAUUUCUGAAUCUGUUUUCAGGCUCCAUCUGAUCCUCAUAAUCUGUAAGAUUUUUCUUAAGACCUUUCAGCUGAAAGUGGGAGUGGGGUGGGAUGAUCUGUGGAUUUAGAAGUAUUUGUUUUCUGUGGUCUUUUAAAAUGUCAAAUAUAUAGUAUGUAAAUUUUUUAAAAGCCACCAGAUACAGAUAUGUGCUUUAACAUCAGUUGAAAACUAAAUUUUCUUAUGUUGUGGUGAUUGUAGUAAAAAGGGAUAAGAGUAUCAAACAUGAUUAAAUAUAUUGUACUCAUUUAUAAUGAAUACAUAUUAAAAUUAAGACAUAGGAAAUUCUACUUUGAGUACGUAAUUUGUUAAAUAAGUAUUACUUUAUAUGGUAAUUGUAUGUAUAAUUUCAUAUACCGGUAAAAUUCAAAACUACACUUCAGAAAAUUUUUCUAUCUUAAGUUUGGUGCGAGUGGGGUGGAUGAGGCUAAUUGAAUAGAAAAGGGCUGAUGACUCAAACAUUACAUAGAUUUCUUUUCUCAGUCAGAGGCCUUAUUUGAUAUUUUAUAAAUGACAGUUUUUAUUUUUAAACUUUUUUAUUGUUUUUGGUAAAGUAUCCCUUUAUUUAAUGACACACUUAUUCAGAUACUUUUUAUCCCUAAAGGAAAUAAGCUACACAAUUGAGAUUAAGUCUGAGGCAAUUCAUUGAGGUAGCUCUGAUAUAAAACAUUACUUGAUAAAUAAUUAUUUUUGUAAACAAGCUGGGUUAACUUAUUCUUGGUCUUUUUGCUUGGAUAUGACUUUAAGGUCUUGAUGUUUAAAGAUAUUUACUUUGUUAUUUAGUGACACUUUUCUAUCCCUUUUUUUGGGGGGGUUGUUAAACAGAACCUUAAGUUUAUGUCUGAGGUAUGUGCUGCAUAGGAACCUAUUUUAUUAUUAAAGAUGAGUGAUUAAAAUUGG